AUGAAUCUCCUUCCUCCCAACUUCUCGCCGUCGCCGGUAUUCCUCCCAGAAGAACUUGUUGUGGAAGUUCUUUCCUUUCUUCCCGUCAAAUCACUCCUCCGACUGAGAUGUGUCAGUAAGUCAUGGAAGUCAUUCAUCUCUGAUCCCACCUUUGUCAAACGGCACCUUAAUCGAUCUGCACUAAAUGCAGAUUUCACACUUGUAUCUUCUUGGAAUGAGGUAUCUUUCACAACUUUCUGUUUGUUGGAGAAUCCUCCGAUCAUUACCACUCUUCCCAAUGGUCAUUACCGUCAAUUGAAUGAUAAAUACGACUUCUAUAUUGUUGGUUCCUGCAAUGGUUUGCUCUGCUUGUUAGCUGAUUCUUGCAUCCUUGGGAAUACUGAUAAGCAUAUCCGUGUUUGGAAUCCUGCCACAAGAACAAUAUCAGAAAAGUUAGGGUAUUCUUAUCAAACGGACUUAUGUUAUCCUCUUAGUUUGACAUUUGGUUAUGAUGAUUCAACUGAUACUUAUAAGGUGGUGCAUUUCAUUCCUGAUACAACAAUGGUAAGAGUUUUUAGCCUGGGCCAUAAUGUUUGGAGAAAAAUUCAAAAUUCUCCUCUAGAUCAUGAUUUUAGGAUGGAUGUUGUUAAUUUGAGUGGUAGCUUCAAUUGGUUGGCAGUUCAUGAUUACACCAGAAAACGGGUAAUUACUUCACUUGAUUUGAGCACAGAGACACAUACUCACUUUCUACCCCCUCAGGGUGUAGAUGAGGAGCCAUUUAUCAAUCCAAAUCUAAGUGUCUUAAAUGAAUGUCUUUGUUUUUCUCGUGAUUUCAAACAAACACAUUUUGUUAUAUGGCAAAUGAAAAAGUUUGGAGUUGAAGACUCUUGGACUCUAAUCCUCAAAAUUAGGUAUAAUAAUCUUCAAAUAUUUCACCUUUUUCCGUUGUUGCCAUUAUGCCUUUUGGAGAAGAAUGAUACAUUAUUAUUGAUAGACGAACUCCGGAAUCAGAUGAUUCACUAUAAUUGGAGAUAUAAUAUAGCAAAAAGAUUCAAUGUAUCUUGGCAGUUCAAUUCCAAAAAUUAUGUUGAAAGUUUGGUUUGGUACUGUUGA